AUGUUCGAAGGGACGGCAGAGAUUCACGAGCUCACCAAGGAACAUCCAUGGCGUCACGUCGCAGGCAAGGAUAAUCCAGCCGAUUUAGUCUCACGCGGGCAAGGUCUAGAAGCGCUUAGCUCCUCAUCUUUAUGGUGGGAGGGUCCGUUAUUUUUACAUAAUGUACAUUUUGAGUUGCCCGCUUUAAAACAUUCCAAAUUAAUUAAUUCAGAUUUACCGGAAAUUAAAUCUAUAAAUAUUUGUUGUCACAUAAGUAAUAAUUUAAACGAUAAUUUAAUUAUUUUUUCUCGAUUUUCACAAUAUAAUAGACUUAAACGCGCUGCUGCUUAUGUAUUACGUUUUAUUAAUAACGCGCGAAAUAAAACUAAUAAGUGGACAGGUUUAUUAUCAGUUGAGGAAUUAAAUCGUGCUGAAUUAACGUUAGCAAAGUUGAGUCAACAGGAAUCGUUUCCCGAUAUUUAUUAUGCGCUUAAAAAUAAUAAAAAUAUAACGAAUAUAUCAGGCUAUAAUCAAAUUUCUAAAUUAAAUGUAUUCUUUGACGCAAAUAAUAAUUUAAUUCGAGUAGGUGGGCGUAUUCAAAAUUCGCCAAAUUUUAGUUUUAAUAAAAAAUUUCCUAUUUUAAUCGCAUCUAAUCAUCAUUUUUCACUUUUGCUUUUUCGGUUCGAGCAUGAACGUUUACUCCACGCCGGGCCACAGCUUCUACUGUUUACGCUCAGAGAGAUGUGGUGGCCGGUCGGCGGCAGAAACCUCGCUAGGAAGGUGGUACAUUCGUGCAUGCGCUGCGCACGACUGCAACCGACUACGGUUGCGCCUAUUAUGGGGAAUCUACCGCAGGAGCGUCUGGACCCAGGUUAUCCGUUUAUACGUUGUGGUGUCGACUACGCUGGCCCAGUGUUCACGUUGAAUCGUAAAGGCAGAGGUGCUAAGCUACAAAAAUCGUACAUAUGCUUAUUUAUAUGUUUUGUUACACGCGCGGUUCACUUGGAACUUGUUAGCGAUCUAUCGUCGGAAUCAUAUCUCUUAGCUUUGAAACGUUUUAUAUCGCGGCGAGGUAAACCCGUGACACUAACUAACUAAAAUUAACAGCAUGAAGUAAGUUCUAGGUGGUAUGAAAAUUUAUAACUAUGUUCAAGUUGUAUAUUCUAGUAUUUUGUCCAUACGCCAAAGAAGUAACUUCUAACGCGUGUACAUAAACACACACUCUUUUUUAUUUAUUUUAACUUUAUUGUACAAAACAUAGACGUAAAAUUACAAAUGGAAAAAAUGACAAUGCCAAUUAAUAAAAUUAAGUAUGGCGAUGGCUGCUCGUGACGGUAACACCUAUACAGGGUUACUUGUAAAACACCAGCAACCUCGCAGGACAAGAUAGCUGUAUAAUUUGAUAAAUCCAGUUCAAUUUUGACUUCGAUAUAAGGAUUACGGUAGACUUACAAUUUGGU